UCGUGAGUUGUUCGUCCCCAGGCGAGGGGGCGCGUCGUGAUUGGGCAAUGCAUCCUAGCGCUCUGUGUGCCCCGGGCGAGAAUUAUUAGCAUGGCGACGUCGACGUCGACGUCGCCAUGCUCAUUGCACCCAUCACUCACACCACAUGGCGAUUCUGCGGUGCAUAGCAAGGCGACCUGCUGCUUCCGCCUUCCGGGCUGCGGCCUCGGCUGCGAGCACAAGACAAGCUCCCUCGUUCGCCCGCAGCCUCUACACGGUCCCGUCGCUGGACCGCCACGACCUGCUCGUCGAGAACGGCGUCCCCGGCCUGUUCUCCCAGAGGGGCUUCUCGGUCGCGUUCACAAAGUACCAGCAGCACAUAGUCGACGAGCUCAAUGCAUCAACAGUCGGCACGCCGCUCGAGGGCCAGGACAUCAAGUCGCUCGUCAUCGAGCUCGCCCGCGAUCCCACAAAAGCCUACGUCUUCAACCUAGCCAGCAUGGCGUUCAACAACCACUUCUUCUUCCGCGGCAUCAACACAAACCCCGACGUGCAGUCGGCGCCCUCGUCCGACCUCGCGGUCCAGAUCAAGAAGGACUUCAACUCCAUCGACACCCUGCGCGAGACGUUCAUCGCAACCGCCGAGUCCAUGUUCGGCCCCGGCUUCGUCUGGCUCGUCCAGACCAACGACGUAACGUUCGGCGGCCUGCGCAUCCUUCCCACAUACAUCGCCGGCUCGCCCCUCUCGGGCGCACACUACAGGCGGCAGUCGCACGACCUGAACACCCACAACGCCGACUCGUACCAGAAGCUGAACAGCGUCGGCACGUUCGGCUCAGCAGCGAUGCAGCCUGCCCGGCCAAGGAAGCCGCUGGGCGGUACCGAUGUUGUGCCGCUGCUGUGCGUGAACACGUGGGAGCAUGCGUGGUUGCACGACUAUGGCGUCAAGGGCAAGAGCGCGUACCUGAGGGCGUGGUGGGAGAAGAUUGACUGGGAUUUGGUCAGGCAGAAUGUCACCAUCAAUCCUGACAAGGGCAGGCAGAACCAGUUUGCGUACUCUUGAGCGGGGAUGGGUUGGAUUGUAGCAUACAUGUACAAAACGUCGGCAUCUCAGGUCGUCGGCAUCUCAGGAGGUCGGCAUCUUGCAUUAGAGGUGUAGGGCUGUCAGAAUACUAUUAGAUCUUCCACGUGUCACAAUCAAUUCAUCGAUGCGCAGCGCCUGGCUUUCUCAGCGGACGUGCUACGCGUCAAGCCCAACACUCGAGGGACAAGGUUUGCACGAGGACAGGCACGGCUAAUAAUCAUGGGAGAGGUGUUCAUU